UCCACCACAACGCAGAGCACCCUAUUAAAUACACCCUCACAUCAAGAGUCGUCCAUCUCAUCCCAUAAGCAAAUAAUUGAUCUAAUAGAAGAUUGCAAGUCAGAAUUGGAGUGAGCUUUGAAUCAUUACAAUGUUCUCCAAGGCUUGCUUCCUUCUCCGAUGGCGUCGUCUCUGGCCAUUGCUUGCGGCGGAAACAACAACGCCAACUUAGGGAUGCAGAAGCAGCGGUGCGCUCGGGUUCUCCAGCCGCCGUGCUCCGUCUCGAUGGGCCGGUCUACGGCGAGGGCCGGGAGGAUCACGGCGGCGAUGCCGACGGUGAAGGAGCAAGAGACUACUCCGAUGAUCAUGAUGGGGGCAAUGGAGCUGCUCGGGAAGCGCGAGCGAGGAGGAGCGAAAAACGACGCCCUCGAGGGACAGGAGAGGCUGGACAGGUGGAUGAGAGAGUCGGUGGUGGAGAUCGUGAAGAAUUUGAAGGAGGCGCCGCUGCUGGUGCUGGUUUUUCCCAAAUCGGCGACGAUGGCGACGGAGAAGAGGGUGGUGGUGGAGGACUGGCCGGCGGUGAAGGAGCGGUGGGAAUCCGGCGAGACGCCGGUUCCGGAGGGAUUGAUAUUCGUGGAGGAGUUGGACGGGGACACGGCGGAGGGCGGUGGCGGAGAGAGGACGACGAGGGCGUGGGGGGUGGUGGUUCAGGGGAAGGGCGUCGGGUGCGGUCCGGUUUGUUAUCUUUUAAAGACUUGUCGGGUCGGGUCAGGACCCGGUAAUGGGAUGGGGAUUUGUUCGACCCAUUUUUGCUUGGUGAAAGUGAACGACUUCAGGGAAACGGUUCAGUCGCAGCUCAAGAAUAUUUGGCUUUUGCAGAACCAGUGCCAGUGGAAUAACUAUUAAGUGAAUAAAUUAAAAUAUUGUACAUUUUUUCUUCUUAUUGAAUAAUUUUAUUUUUUUGUUGCCACGGUUUUUGCAAUUAUUAUAGCCAAUAGCUUAUCGACUGUGAAAAUGUACAGAGUGAACUACCUUUUAGGGAGGGGUUUCUUUCUCAUUAAUAUGAAGACUGCACUUCCCCGUUUCUAGAAGGGUUUCUUUUUAUUGAAUUAUUAUUUGUUCUUCAUUUGAUCAC